CACGUGAUGCUCUCGAUCUGCUCGCGGAACAUCACAGCUCCCAAUCCGAUGAAAGAUGCUGGCGACAUGAUCGAGAUGCAGGGCUUUGGGCCCAGCCUGCAAGCUUGGCACCUGGAGCCCCUGUGCAAUCAGGGCUCCUCCUGCCUCUCCUACUCCUUCAGCAGCUCCCCACAUGCAACCCCCAGCCACUGUAGCUGCAUCCCCGACUGGUUGCCGCUCAGGCUACUGUGUGAGAGCAUGAAGAGGCAGAUCGUGUCCCGGGCCUUCUACAGCUGGCUGGCACACUGCCGCCACCUGUCCACGGUGGGGACCCACCUGUCAGCGCUGGUGCACCAUAGCAUUAUCCGACCUGACCGGCCCCCGGGGGCCUCCGCAGGUCUCACCAAGGACGUGUGGAACAAGUAUCAGAAGGACAAAAAGAUGCCAGCCCUGGGGUUCCAGGGCCACAGGUCAAGGGGCUGGGGCGGGCAGGAGUGA